AUGAAGAAGACUUUUAAGGAAGCGGCCAAAAAGAUAGGAAAGGGGAAGUCGUCCAAAGAAGAAUCCAGGCCGCUUCUCAAAGAGCAGCAUGACGCCACGGCAAAAGAAGCGGCCGAGCUCAAGAAGAAGCAAGAUCUAAAGCGUGCCUUGGAGCUGAACUGGCUGCCAAGUGCCAUGAAGUUCCAAUUGGAUCCCAUCCAAAAUGGUGAAGCAAGACGGAGCUGUCCAACUUGCCACGGCUUAACUUUCAAGUCUAAAGAAGAAGCAGAGGCAUCAAAUUCACGAGUCCUUACAAUCAACAUUGCCCAAAUCAGACAAGAAUCACUAAAAGCAGCGCCCUGCGACACGUGUUGCCUCCUCUGGGAAUCCAUCUGCGCCAUAACUGACGAAGACACACCCCAUCCAGACAUUUUGUAUGAGCACAUUCGAUUUGAUCCUGAAGAGCAUGGAGACCAGUUAGGCAAAGGUCCGUUAGUAGGUCAUUUGGUCUUGGACCCUAUUGCUGGAGGCAGAAAACAACCAUUGGAAUUGCAGUUCUACACGACCAGCGAGGAUCCCCUGUCUCCAUGGAAGACAAUAGGGAACGGUAUUCAUAUUUCGCCUUCUGGGCUGUCGCAGUCGUGUAUCUCAUUGAUGCGUCAAUGGAUCAACUCAUGCACCGCAUCGCAUGGCAAACACAUCAACUGCAAGACGCUGCAAGUUCCCUUACUGCCUACCAGAGUUAUUCACGUUGGUGACUUUAAUACUCCGCCCAGGCUGCAUCACGCAAGAGCCGGAGAGAAGAAUCACUAUGCCGCGCUUAGCCACUGUUGGGGAGGUCAAGUAUCUAUUACGGCCCUGACUUCGAAUCUGGAGGAGUAUGCUGUCCGCUUGCCCUCUCCCUUGCCACAGACCUUCCAUGAUGCAAUUGCAGUCACGCGAGGACUCGGCCUCAAAUACAUCUGGAUUGAUUCCCUUUGCAUUGUCCAAGACUCAGUUGAAGAUUGGAGGGCAGAAUCCUCAAAAAUGGCCGAAGUGUAUGCGAACGCAUAUGUCACCAUCUCAUCCGAUGCAGCGAAGGACAGUUUUGCCGGGUUUCUUCAACCACCUUCCCGGCAAGUCCCACGUUGUAAGACCAUUCGUUACCGAUCACGCGCCAGUAACAGAAAUGCUGCCGCAGGUAGACGAGUUGACGGAGAAGGGGUUAUUCACGUUCGUUACCGAGGCUUCUUGGCCGAGGAGCUGCCCUUCCACUGUUGGAGUUCACCUGCCGAAACUUCGGGUCGCAGUAGGCUUUCGGAGAGAGCAUGGGUGUUCCAAGAGCGACUCUUGUCUUCACGGACGAUUCAUUUCUCUGAACAUGAGAUGGCUUGGGAAUGCCGGUCGCUCUGCGACUGUGAGUGCUCUGCCACGUCACUGAGGACUGUACGCACGACGAGCGUCAUUAAACACUUCUUAUAUCCGCAAAAGUUCGAUGCCACGGCUUUCAAGUCAUCGUGGAGGAACGACAUUAUCCCAGCUUAUUCUAGACUUAAACUCACCGUGGAAUCAGACAAGCUGCCUGCUUUAGAAGGUCUUGCCUUAGCCGCUGGCACUUUGCGCCUAGGUGAUCGCUACAUUGUCGGGCUCUGGCAGAAAAGCCUAGUCCUCGACAUGCUAUGGUGCACCAUUUACUCACGUUCUGCUAGGAGGCUCCUGGAUACGCCUACCCCGACGUGGUCGUGGGCUUCUGUUGCGGGCUCCAUUGGCUACAGGUUGAUGGAACUCUCUGAGGAGGAGUGUAAGGCCACUGUUGAAAAUAUCAUUUUUGACGGUGCUAUCCCUAAGACUCUGGUUGUAAACUGUGUGGCCGUGCCGGUAACAGUACAUCAACCCUGGCUGGAGAGCGGUAGUCAAGCACAGCCGUGUUUCGGUCCCAAGCAUAUUAGACUAGCCAUCUAUUGGGACUGCCGAGGCCGUGACCGGACCGAAGAAGAAAACACGGAGUAUACAUUCUUGGUUUUUGGUUCUCGAUACACAGGCAAUAAUGAGCUGUGUCCAUUUGGAAUACUCACAACAUCCUCCGAAAACGGUGGAGUGGUUCCGCGAUUGCUCAGUAGGGUCGGGUUCAUUGAUGGUUAUCGUCGCGCUGAACGACUAAGGCGAUGGGAUAGCUCUGGCUGGAUUCCGAGUCUGGAUGGCGAGAGUAAUUCGGAAUCUGAUGGAGAUGGAAAUCGGGGCUCUCGAGAACAGCAACGUGAGGAUUGGGUCCAGGAAAUACUCAGUUCGACACUAGGCAGUGUCCACAUAGUCUGA